GCUUUCCCCUCCUCGCCUUUUCGCCCACGGGCUCGUUAGCCGGUCAUGGCUUCGGAUUCUGGAAGUUUCAGCCAUUCUGGCGAUCAGCAGCAGAGCUAUUCAGGGUAUGGCAGUCAAGGAAAUCUGAACUAUGGACAAGCACCACAGGGUUACCCCGGCUACGAGCAGAGCGGGGAGAGCUCCUCUUAUGGGCAAGGGUACGGAAGCUAUCACGGCAACUACGGACAAACCCAGACAGGUUAUGGGCAAAGUGGCCAGCAAGGUUAUGGCGGUUAUGAAACCCAGAACCAGAGCUCCUACGACCAGGAGUCCUACGGCAAUCAGGGGCAACAGAAAGAUUCGUCAGGAGGGGCUGACCCUGCUUAUCUUGAGAAACCGGAGUACGGAAGGCAACAAGGUCCAUACGACCAACCCUCCGGUUACGGUCAAGGGUCCUAUGAACAGCAGCAAAGGCCGUUUGACCAGCAGUCCGGCUACGGCCAAGAGGGGCAGCAGCAAAGCUCAUACGACCAGCAGUCUGGCUACAGCCAAAACCGAGACUCCUGCGACCAGCAGCAGGGCUAUGGUCAGCAGGCAGGCUCCUAUGGCCAAAAGUCUGGCCAGCCACAAGGAUCGUCCUACCAGUUACAUCAGAAGGAAGGUUAUGGACACAACGUGCAGGAUGAUCGCCGUGAAAAGAGCAGGUAUGGAGAAGACAGCAGAGGCUACGGUGGGCCACGAGGAGGUGGAAGCAGGUUCGAUUCUGACAGCAGAGGUCCAAUGUCUGGGAUGAGUGGUGGUGACCGAGGGGGCUCCAAAAAUUUUGGUGGUCAAAGGGAUUAUGGUCCAAAGUCAGACGCUGAUUCGGAAUCCGAUAACUCCGACAACAACACCAUCUUCGUACAAGGGCUCGGGGAUGAUGUUUCGACAGACCAAGUGGCCGAAUAUUUCAAGCAAAUAGGCAUCAUUAAGACUAACAAAAAGACAGGCAAGCUUAUGAUCAACCUCUACACAGACAAGGAUACUGGCAAGCCAAAAGGGGAAGCGACAGUGUCUUUUGAUGAUCCCCCUUCUGCUAAGGCAGCUAUUGACUGGUUUGAUGGGAAGGAAUUCAACGGCAGCGUCAUCAGGGUUUCCUUUGCAACCCGACGGCCUGAAUUCAUACGAGGAGGUGGAGCAGGCGGUGGACGCCGAGGUUCACGAGGAGGGGGCUUUGGAAGAGGCGGGGGCUUCCAAGGCCGAGGCGGGGAACCCAAAAGCGGAGAUUGGGUUUGUCCGAACCCGAGUUGCGGUAACAUGAAUUUUGCCCGCCGGAAUUCCUGCAACCAGUGUAACGAGCCCAGGCCGGAAGACUCUCGCCCCGCAGGAGGAGACUUCCGGGGCAGAGGCGGCUUUGGAGGCGAUAGGGGGUUCCGCGGCAGAGGCGGCAGAGGUGGCGGCUUCGGUGGCAAAAUGGGAGGGAGGAACGAUUUCAGAAAUGAUCAACGGAACAGACCCUACUAGAAACGGCUGUGAAUGUCCCCAAUCUUUCUAAUGGCUUU